UGCUGAUUUCCAUGUGUUCCAUUCAUGGCAGUGAAUGUUGUUAGACCCUCCAGAGCCAUAAAGAGUCAGACGCUGAAGAACACUUGAUGCAGAGGACGCUGCUGGCAAAGAUGGCGAUAAAGAACCUAUAGAUGAUAUGGACAACUGGGGCGAGUCGAUCGAGAAUCUUCUCUGCUCGAAAUCGGGACAGAUGGCUUUCCAGGAAUUCUUGAAGUCAGAAUACAGUGAGGAAAAUAUUCUGUUCUGGUUGGCAUGCGAGGAAUAUAAAAAGAUCACAAGUGUACCAGAGAUGAUCAGCAUGGCAAACCAAAUCUACACUGAGUUUGUCCAAACGGAAUCACCCAGACAGGUUAACAUAGAUUCUGGCACUCGCACUAAAAUAACAGACAACAUCUCGGAGCCAAACCUGAACUCAUUCGAUACAGCACAGAAGAUGAUCUUCAGUCUAAUGGCGAGAGACUGCUAUCCCAGGUUUCUCAAGUCUGACAUCUACCAGGCCAUUCGACAAGGAAAGAGAUGACUCCUUAAUAGUCCACCGUUACUAUUGCCAGUGAUAACUUGUAAAUUAUUAUUUUAUAUUUGUUAAGCAUGAUCUUUAUUCGUUUGGAUGGAAAUAGGUUUAUUGUGAUAAAUAUUACAACAUAGAAUUCUUUGAAAUAAUAAUGCAUGUCCUACAUAAUGUCCCCAAGAGUAUGCUUAUAGUGUCACAUGUGGGCCGUAAAAUAAAACUACAGGUAUGUUGAUUUUACAGUGUAAUAGAAAAACAUGAAUGCAGCCUGUGUUAUGGGCCUGAACAGAAUCUGUCAUUCCCUGGUUUCCUGAUUAUCAACACGCUGUUGAAAAAGCAAUUAUUCAUAAGGACAAAUAAGACAGCACAUAGGUAUAGAUUUUUUAUCCAUCUUGUACAGCCACUACAUCUACAGUUUACAUCUUUAAAAAUGUAACAGGUCAGAUCAUUCAUUUGUCAGUCAGUCGUUUAUUAUUAUUGGGAGGGUAAUUCUUUCUUUUUUUAUGAUAUUAUAAUUUUUUUUGCUUAGUUUUUCUUAUGAUUGAUGUUGA